GUAUAAACAAUAUAAUUCUCAGUUCACAUUUCUUUCACCCUAAUCACCAGAUGAAAACUGUCAUACAUACUGUUCUGCUCUCAAUGCCUCUAAGCAGGCUGGCAAAUUGUUGUGUUGCUCUCUUCAUUUUCAUCCAUCUUUUCCUUCCCUUUACCGUUCAUCCCCUUUCCUUUCGUCUUGGUCAAUCCGACCUUAUUAGUACAAACAAAAUGAUCUACGAAGGUGAUGCCAAGCUUUCUCCAACCGGAGUGAUCGAACUCAACACAGUCCGUGCACGUUUUCUCGUUGGCAGAGCUACGUAUGCUGAGGCUUUGUACUUAUGGGGCUCUACGAAGGAGACACUGGCAGAUUUCACCACCAACUUCACUUUCAUUGUCGACACUCUUAAUAGGAGUACCAGGAUUGGCGAUGGAUUUGCAUUUUUUCUUGCUCCUGUUCACUUUCCAAUUCCACCUAAUUCAGCGGGUGCUCAUCUUGGAUUAUUCAAUAGAACCACUCGCUUUGCAGCCUCCCAAAAUCAAAUUGUUCUGGUUGAGUUUGACACCAGGUCAGAUUCCUGGGUGGAUCCACCAGGGCUACACGUUGGGAUCAACAACAACACCCUCUCCUCUGUUGUUCAUACCAGUUGGGAUCCUAUCGGCAACAGUGGGAAGCCGGCUCAUGCUCGGAUAGCUUACAAUGCUACCACCAAGAACCUCAGUGUGUUUUGGACAUAUGAGGAAAACCCUGAUUAUACUAAUCUCAGCAGUUCUUCUCUUUCUUGCUUUAUCGAUCUGCGAAAGGUUCUUCCUGAGUGGGUUACAAUUGGAUUUUCAGCUUCUACCGGAUUUGGCAUUGAACGCCAUGCUAUAACUUCAUGGGAGUUCAGUUCAACUUUGGACUCUGAUGAGAUCAUAGGUAGCAAAACCAAGGAAACAAAAAAGAACAAGACAUUCUUGAUACCAGCGGUUGCAAUUUCGAGUUUCAUUCUGUUGCUUUGUGUGGCCCUAUGUAGUUGGUUGGUGGUAAAGAAGCGGAGUAAUGGGCAUGGAAAUUACUCCAGUGAUGUAGCCAGCCCUACAAUUGAUACGGAUAUUGAGAUACUAGCCUUGCCAAGGAGAUUUUCUUACAAAGAGUUAGUUGCAGCCACCAAUGGCUUUGCGAAAAAUAGAAGGCUAGGCCAUGGAGGUUCAGGACAAGUUUAUAAAGGAAUCAUACAAGAUCUAGGCUACACAGUUGCUGUGAAGAGAAUCCUUGCAGAAUCUGAGCACUAUGAGAAAAUCUUCAUCAACGAAGUUAAAAUAAUAAGACGCUUGAUACACAGGAACCUAGUGCAAUUCAUUGGAUGGUGCCAUGAGCAAGGCGAAUGCUUACUUGUUUAUGCAUACAUGCCUAACAGCAGCCUUGACACCCAUCUAUUUGGCUCUAGAACAACCCUGCAAUGGGAUUUCAGGUACAAGAUAGCUUUAGGCUUGGCUUCAGCCCUUCAUUACCUACAUGAAGAUGCAGAGCAGUGCGUCCUUCAUAGGGAUAUCAAAUCAGCUAAUAUACUGUUGGACAACGAUUUCAAGACUAAGCUUGGUGAUUUUGGGAUUGCUAAGCUCGUGGAUCCACGGUUCAUCACUCAAACAACAGGAGUGGUAGGGACUUUUGGUUACAUGGCCCCGGAAUAUGCAAACGGAGGGAGGGCUAGUAAAGAGUCAGACAUGUAUAGUUUUGGAGUUGUGGCCUUGGAACUUGCAUGUGGAAGGAGGACUUAUCAGGAUGAAGAAUUUCACGUACCGCUUUUUCGGUGGGUUUGGCAGCUGUACCUUGCCGGAAAUCUGCUCUCUGCAGCUGAUGAGAGAUUGGAUAUGAAUUAUGUUCCAAACGAAAUGGAAUGCUUGUUAAUUGUGGGAUUAUGGUGUACUCGUCCCAACAACAAGGAAAGACCAAAAGCAGGGCAAGUGAUGAAGGUUCUUCAGCUUGAAGCACCUUUGCCUGAACUUCCACAUGACAUGCAUGAUUAUCCACAGCCUCAACCUCAACCUCAACAACAAACUGGUUCCUCUCAGCUAUCAUUAACUUCUAGCUUCGAAACGGUGGGUCGUUAAAGUAGUACAACAACAGCCACCAAACAACUUCAAGGGCAAAUAGAUGAAGUUAAAUUUAGAGAUAUUCAUUUCAGUGUUAAUUCUUCUUAUUAAGUGUAAGUGGGUUGGGGGGAACGUUUAUUUGAAUGUAAAGGUGUGUGUGCCAAAUGACAUGCAUGAUACCAAGAUACAUGGUGAACAGCUUGUUUUAGAUCCAACCUUUUUCCGGCGUCAACUUUCGGUGAGCAACUUUGGCUUGGUCUUGUUCAAAUGUUAAUGAAAUCUUUAAUGAUUUUGGUGAUAAUGAUAUGGU